AUGGAGGACUCGUUGGCCUGGCAGGCCGCCGUAGGAGUCGUCCUUGGUGUUGGAAAGCUCGCGAGAGGAGCAGCGUUUGACAAGCACAGCAACUGCCUCUUCUACACAAGCGGCACCCCAGCCAUGUACUUGCGACCUGGGUGCCAGCAGCAGCUUCACGUUGUCGAACUGCUGCUGGACGUGCUCGAAGAGGAAGAGCUUGUAGAUGACGUGAUCGAACUCGUGCUUGAUGUGCUGGAACUGGAAGUACUCGUGCUUGACGAUGACGAACUGGAUGUGCUCGUGCUCGAUGUGGUGGUAGUACUGCUGGACGUGCUUGUUGUGGAUGUGCUGGAGGUUGAUGUAGUGCUGCUCGAACUGGUUGAACUGGAUGUGCUGGUACUUGAAGUUGUCGAGCUGGAUGUGCUGGUGCUUGAUGUGCUGGUGGUGCUGCUAGAUGUGGUUGUUGUGGAUGUGCUGGAGGUUGACGUGCUGGUGCUGGAACUGGUUGAACUGGAUGAGGUCGUGCUGGACGUCGUCGAACUGGAUGUGCUGGUAGUUGAAGUACUGCUGGUGCUGCUGGAUGUGCUUGUUGUGGAUGUACUAGAGGUGGAGGUGCUGCUGCUGGAACUCGUAGAGCUUGAUGUGCUCGUGCUUGAUGUGCUUGUGCUGGAUGUGCUCGUCGUACUGCUAGAAGAACUGGCAGUGGACGUGCUGCUGCUCGAUGUGCUGGUCGUGGACGUGCUGGUGCUGCUACUGGAAGUGCUAGUCGUCGAAAAGGUUGUACUCGACGUGGAUGUGGUGGUCGCUGUUGUGCUCGAGCUGGAUGAACUCGAGCUGGAUGUGCUACUGCUUGUUGUGCUAGAAGUGGACGAGGUUGAGCUCGAGCUUGAUGUUGUUGAGCUGGAUGUGCUCGACGCUGUUGCACUAGAGCUUGAAGUUGUGGUGGUAGAGCUGGAAGUGGCUGUCUUGGAUGUGCUGGUACUGGUUCGUGUCGUCCUGCUCGUUGAAGUUGUGCUGCUGGAAGUGCUGCUGGUAGUCGUGCCUGUGAGGGAUGUGCUGGACACCGGGAUGGAUGUAACAGUGCUGGAGGUGCCAGUCACCGUGGCACUGGUCGUGGAAGUAGUUGUACCUGAUGUGCUGGCUGUAGACGUGCUUGUUGUUGUUGUGCUCGUACUGGAUGUGCUGGUUUGCGAGGUACUGGAUUGGGUGCUUGAUGUUGAAGUCGCACUGGUCGUGGUCUGCGACGUGCCUGUGUUUGUCGAACUAGUUGUAGAAACGCUCGUGCUUGUCUGUGAGGUGGACGAUGUCGAAGUGCUAGUGCUUGAUGUGCUCGUGCUCGAAGAUGUGGUGCUUGACGUGCUUGAACUUGUGCUUGAAGUAGAGGAACUGGAUGUGCUGCUGCUUGUGGUGGUGGAGCUAGAUGUGGUGGUGCUGGAACUGCUGGUGCUGGAGGUACUGGUGGUCGAGGUGCUUGAGCUUGUGCUUACACUAGUAGCAGUAGAUGUGCUGCUGCUGGACGUAGCAGUACUCGAGGAACUGGUCGUGGCUGUGCUGGUGCUGGUAGUUGACGUCGUGGAAGUCGAGGUGCUGCUGCUUGUGGUGGUGGAGCUCGACGUGCUCGUGCUAGAGGAGCUCGAGCUAGACGUGCUUGAGCUGGUGCUUGACGUAGAUGAGGUGGAAGUGCUGGUGCUGGACGAGGUGGUGCUGGUCGAGCUUGAACUGGUGCUGGAAGUGCUUGAAGUGGAUGUGCUGCUAGUCGACGUCGUAGAGGAAGAUGUGCUGGUGGUUGAAGUGCUGCUGGUGCUGCUGGAUGUGCUUGUCGUGGAUGUGCUGGACGUGGACGUGGUGCUGCUGGAACUCGUAGAGCUUGCCGUGCUCGUGCUUGUCGUACUCGCGGUGCUGCUGGAUGUGCUGGAGGUUGAUGUAGUGCUGCUCGAACUGGUUGAACUGGAUGUGCUGGUACUUGAAGUUGUCGAGCUGGAUGUGCUGGUGCUUGAUGUGCUGGUGGUGCUGCUAGAUGUGGUUGUUGUGGAUGUGCUGGAGGUUGACGUGCUGGUGCUGGAACUGGUUGAACUGGAUGAGGUCGUGCUGGACGUCGUCGAACUGGAUGUGCUGGUAGUUGAAGUACUGCUGGUGCUGCUGGAUGUGCUUGUUGUGGAUGUACUAGAGGUGGAGGUGCUGCUGCUGGAACUCGUAGAGCUUGAUGUGCUGGUGCUUGAUGUGCUUGUGCUGGAUGUGCUCGUCGUACUGCUAGAAGAACUGGCAGUGGACGUGCUGCUGCUCGAUGUGCUGGUCGUGGACGUGCUGGUGCUGCUGCGCGACGUGCUCGUCGUCAAGCUGGCUGUACUCGAUGUGGAUGUGGUGGUCGCUGUUGUGCUCGAGCUGGAUGAACUCGAGCUGGAUGUGCUACUGAUUGUUGUGCUAGACGUGGACGAGGUUGAGCUCGAGCUUGAUGUUGUUGAGCUGGAUGUGCUCGACGUUGUUGCACUAGAGCUUGAAGUUGUGGUGGUAGAGCUGGAAGUGGCUGUCUUGGAUGUGCUGGUACUGGUUCGUGUCGUCCUGCUAGUUGAAGUUGUGCUGCUGGAAAUGCUGCUGGCAGUCGUGCCUGUGAGGGACGUGCUGGACACGGUUAUAGAUGUGAUAGUGCUGGUAAUGCUCGUCGCUGUCGUACUUGUUGUAGAUGUGACUGUGUUCGACGUGUUGGUUUUCGUGGUGCUGGCUGUCGUCGAACUGCCUACCGUGUUAGAUGUACUCGUGCUUGAAGAGCUAAUCGUGCUUGUACUCGUCUUGGAGCUCGAGCUAGACGUGCUUGAGCUCGUGCUUGACGUAGAUGAGGUGGAAGUGCUGGUGCUCGACGAGGUGGUGCUGGUCCAGCUUGAACUGGUGCUCGAAGUGCUUGAAGUAGAUGUGCUGCUAGUCGACGUCGCAGAGGAAGAUGUGCUGGUGGUUGAAGUGCUGCUAGUGCUGCUGGAUGUGCUUGUCGUGGAUGUGCUGGACGUGGACGUGGUGCUGCUGGAACUCGUAGAGCUUGACGUGCUCGAGCUUGAGGUUGUGCUUGAUGAACUUGUGCUGGUCGAACUUGUGCUUGAACUGGAGGUGGUGCUGCUCGAUGUACUCGUCGAAGAUGAGCUGGAUGUGCUUGUUGUGCUGGUGGAUGUACUGCUGCUGGAACUGCUUGAACUGGAUGUGCUGGUGCUCGAGGUGCUGGUGCUGGUCGAGCUUGUGCUUGAUGUGCUCGAGCUACUGCUUGAGGAAGAUGAUGUCGAAGUGCUAGUGCUUGAUGUGCUCGUGCUCGAAGAUGUGGUGCUUGACGUGCUUGAACUUGUGCUUGAAGUAGAGGAACUGGAUGUGCUGCUGCUUGUGGUGGUGGAACUAGAUGUGGUGGUGCUGGAACUGCUGGUACUCGAGGUGCUGGAGCUUGUAGAAGAAGUCGUAGAUGUAGACGUGCUGCUGCUGGACGUGCUGCUGGUCGAGGAAGUUGUUGUGGUUGCACUGGUGCUGGUAGUAGAUGUCGUGGAAGUCGAGGUGCUGCUGCUUGUGGUGGUGGAGCUCGACGUGCUCGUGCUAGAGGAGCUCGAGCUAGACGUGCUUGAGCUCGUGCUUGACGUAGAUGAGGUGGAAGUGCUGGUGCUCGACGAGGUGGUGCUGGUCGAGCUUGAACUGGUGCUCGAAGUGCUUGAAGUGGAUGUGCUGCUAGUCGACGUCGUAGAGGAAGAUGUGCUGGUGGUUGAAGUGCUGCUGGUGCUGCUGGAUGUGCUUGUCGUGGACGUGCUGGAGGUUGACGUAGUGCUGCUGGAACUCGUAGAGCUUGACGUGCUCGUGCUUGAUGUGCUUGUGCUGGAUGUGCUUGUGCUUGAUGAUGUCGAACUCGAUGUGGUGGUACUAGAUGAGCUGGUAGAACUGCUGGAUGUGCUGGAGGUUGAUGUAGUGCUGCUCGCACUGGUUGAACUGGAUGUGCUGGUACUUGAAGUUGUCGAGCUGGAUGUGCUGGUACUUGAUGUGCUGGUGGUGCUGCUAGAUGUGGUUGUUGUGGAUGUGCUGGAGGUUGACGUGCUGGUGCUGGAACUGGUUGAACUGGAUGAGGUCGUGCUGGACGUCGUCGAACUGGAUGUGCUGGUAGUUGAAGUACUGCUGGUGCUGCUGGAUGUGCUUGUUGUGGAU